AAACUAGCCGCUACUGAAGACUAUUGGUACAGUGCGCAACAUAAACGGCACUAGCCUAGCAUAGCAUCAAGACAAUCAGGCGUAGCACACGGACCUAAAAUGAUUUGAAAGUGUGGAUUUCGCGGUCACAUCGCGUGCCUUAUCCAAUGAGCAAGGAACUGGAAGAAUUUAUCACGGAAAAGAAAGAAAGAAAUAGUCAACGACGAUAUAUUGGCGCGUUUAUGUUAGCGCGCUAACGCUAACUAACUAGCAGUCUGGCUAACCGGAAUUCAGGACCGGCUAGUCAGGAGACUGACACACGACAGCCACAAGGCAUGGAGGGGGAAAAAAAGGAAAAAAACUAAAAAAAAAAAAAACAACAACUAAGAGCCCUCUAAAGAUGCAGUAAAUAUUUGAGUAAACUGGAAACGAUGGACAAAGCCUCUCUAGCCGCCUCGGACCGAAUUUUGCUGGAGCCAUACAAGUACUUGUUGCAACUGCCAGGGAAGCAAGUUAGGACAAAACUCUCCCAAGCAUUUAACCACUGGCUCAAUGUUCCAGACGACAAACUGCAGGUGAUCAUCGAGGUAACUGAAAUGCUGCACAAUGCCAGUUUGCUGAUAGACGACAUUGAGGACAGCUCCAAGCUGCGUCGAGGCUUUCCUGUGGCGCACAGCAUCUAUGGCAUUCCCUCUGUCAUCAACUCGGCUAACUACGUCUAUUUUUUGGGUCUGGAGAAGGUUCUGACCCUGGAUCACCCUGAGGCGGUGCCAGUAUUCACCCGUCAGCUGCUGGAGUUGCACCGUGGCCAAGGCCUGGACAUCCACUGGAGAGACACUUACACCUGUCCCACUGAGGAAGAGUAUCGCGGCAUGGUGCUGCAGAAGACAGGAGGCCUCUUCGGCCUCGCAGUGGGCCUCAUGCAGCUCUUCUCUGAGUGGAAACAGGACCUCAAACCCCUCCUGGACACACUAGGCCUCUUUUUCCAGAUCCGCGAUGACUACGCCAACCUGAGUUCCCGCGAGUAUAGCGAGAACAAGAGUUUCUGUGAGGAUCUGACUGAAGGCAAGUUUUCUUUCCCCACCAUUCACGCCAUAUGGUCACGUCCAGAGAGCACCCAGGUGCAGAACAUCCUGAGGCAGCGCACAGAGAACAUGGACAUCAAACGGUAUUGUGUGGACUACCUGGAGAAAAUAGGGUCAUUUGCCUACACUCGUCAGACCCUGCGGGAUCUGGAGGCAGAGGCCUACAGGCUCAUCAAAGAGUUUGGGGGGAACCCUCAACUGGAGAGCCUGGUCAGACAUCUAAGCCAGAUGCACCGCGAGGCUGAAGCCACAGCAGAACCCAGCCGUGAGCCACACUCCGGCCAGAACCACUGAUCCUCCACUGCUGCAGGGUUCUCAUACUGAUGCACUGAUGUAAACACACAUUCCUGAAAACUUCAACACAGCAGUAUUUUACAUCCAGAAUCGGUUAGGACUGUAUUCAGCAGCCCCACAUAAACGUUGCCUUCUUCUGUUCUACGUAGCGUCCUCAAGUGUUGCUUAACAGUACAAAUGAUUCAUUUUGUAUGAAGGAUGGCAGUGCUUUCAGGAGGAGAAAAUAAUUGAAACUUGGAACUCCAUAUGAUUGGAUUUGUCUGAACAAGCCUUCCUGUUGAUCUGCACUCCAAUGCAAACAUACUUGUUCCUGUUUCCAUUAAUAAUGUAUGAGUGUUCCUUUUUUCUUUUUUAACAUAAUGUAGAGACCCUGUUGAAAAGAUGUGGACGUUUUGAACAUGUGAUGAUUUGAGGAUCCUUUAUCAUUAAGUCACCAGAGUGCCAAUCCUGAAGAAAAGACCUUUGUAACUGAAAAGUCUGAUUGUUACGCAACACGCUGGCCGUAUGUGCAAAGUAGCGCUCAUGCAGUUCAUGCUCAGCUUUUAUUGACCACUGUGUUGAUAUCGUGGUCUCACUGCAGACUUUUGUGUCCAUGCAGUUAAUAAUCAAUGCAGGUCUUCACAUCUCAGAUUUUAGAGAUAAUUGUAUUGUUUGUAUACACUGGUGCAGUAUAAGAGCUUGUCUGCAUUUAUUGAAUAAAAAACGUUUAAA